AUGGGGCAUUUGGCAUCGCCGAAAAGAGCGUGGCGGAUCGCGAUGGAUGCUCCUACCGCUAGAGGGGAAGUCGUGGUGACAGUGGAUGACAUCGAACGUCUUGGUUGUUCCAAUAUGAACGGGAGUGCGAAAAGUUACUGUAACGCUGGGGCGGACCUGGAACAGACACUCAAGGAAAACCGGAUGGCCUACCUCAGGUUGCGUCUAUUGCCGAGGAUACUUCGGGACGUUUCCCAGCGCCGAUUAGAGGUAACCCUGCUGGGGGACCAGAAAGUGUCAAUGCCGGUUGGUCUCUCGCCGUCAUCCCUCCAUAAGCUGUGGCAUCCGGACGGGGAGAUCGCCACCGCUAGAGCGGCCCACGCAGAGAAGACUCUAAUGGUACUGAGCACCUACAGCAGCACUUCUAUGGAGGUUGUGAAGAGGGAAGUGCCAGACGGCCUCUUCUGGUUCCAAGUACAGUUCGCCGUUGACCGAGACCUCACGAGGAGCCUGGUGAGACGGGCCGAACGAUCUGGCUACCGGGCACUCGUGGUCACCGUGGAUUCUCCCGUGCUUGGAAAGAAUGUCGACGCAGUAAUGCAGCGUUUCUAUAUGCAUGACGGAAUCAGAUUCGAGAACCUGGAGGCAAGCCCGGAAAACAAAUCUGCCAACGUGAAAGCGAUGGUGUCGGUGAGAGACGCCCACAUCGACCCCUCGCAGUCUUGGGAUGACAUCACCUGGUUGAAGAGUAUUACCAGUCUACCUUUGGUGCUCAAAGGAAUCACUAAUGCGGAAGACGCGGAGGAAGCCAUCAGUCGCGGCGCUUCAGCGAUCCUCGUGUCAAACCACGGUGGUCGCCUGCUGGACGGGCUCCCAGCAACCAUCGAAGUCCUCCCAGAGGUCGUGAGUGCAGUCCGCGGACGCGUCGAAGUUUACGUAGACGGCGGCGUCCGUCAUGGCAUGGAUGUGAUCAAGGCGUUGGCACUCGGAGCCAAGGCUGUGUUCGUUGGACGUCCUACCAUCUGGGGGUUGGCGUACAACGGUGAAGCCGGAGUGAGGGAAAUGCUGGCGAUACUGAGGCGGGAGGUGGACCGAGAUCUUGGAUUAAUGGGCUGCUCAUCCCUUGACCAGCUGGUCCCUGAGAUGGUUGUGCACAAAGACCACUUUUCCGGCCAGUGUGACUAACUCAAGUGACAACAUUUGUUUAUGAACUGCAUUUUACAAUCGCUUAUUGUGCCAUCUGCCA